AUGCCCAAGUGUGACAACUGUGACAAACUAAUAGCCAAGAAAUCCACUAUUCUCGAGUGCAACACAUGCUCAAAAACUGUGCAUGCUACCCAGGCCUGCACCAGACUAACAUCUAAGCAAUUAGCAGCACUGCGCAACACUGAGAAUCUGGAAUGGACCUGCGAAGUUUGUCGCCGUGAAACUCCAAGGCAAAGGUCAUUUGUCAUACAAGAGGAGGAAGAGGAAGACGACGAAGAACUAUUAUUAACACAGGGAACUGACAGCAGAUCCAACGCGAUGAAAAAGUUACUAAGCGACAUAUCAUUCGAGGUUAAAAAAGCAGUAAAGAAAGAAAUAGGCUCAGUAAAUGAAGCGCUCAGCUCUUGUUGUCAAAAAAUGGAUGGAAUAAUGGACACUUUAGCGACAAUUAGCGGAAAAAUAAAAGAACUGGAAAACAAGAAUACAUAUUUAACAAACCAAAAUAAACAUCUAGAGCUGAAAAUCGAUGCUAUGGAACAAUACAUUGGAAACCUUGAGCAAAAACAGCUUAAUAACACAUUUGAAGUCGCAGGAGUACCCGAAAUAAAAGACGAAAAUACGGAAAUUAUCCUAAAUACACUAGCAAUGAAGUUAAAUAUUGUAAAAAAAAGAAAUAACCACAGUUAA